CACCACCUCCACCACCGGUUCAUCCGCGGGUCGCCGGCGCCGGGUCCGUCGUCGGGACGAGGGUCGCCACCAGACCGGUGCGGGACACUCCAGGGAGUAUGACGCGGAUGAGAGUGAUUCCGAGGUGGAACUGCCGGCCGGGUACCACCAGAUCGCCAUUCAGCUUCUGGAUCUGAUGCACACGCUCCACACGCGUGCCGCUCAUAUCUUCGGCUGGUUCGGAACACCAACCACUCCGAGUGGAUCCAGCGGCGGGAGCUUUGAGCGCAAACUGGACCCACAACACUCCCAGCAAGGACAGAGCGAGCAAGGACAGGAUGGAGAAGAUGCCGUGGAUAGUCUAUGGGAGGCGGGCUGGUGUCCUCUCCUACAGGGCAUCGCUCGACUGUGCUGUGACUCCCGGAAACAGGUACGCGCCAGUGCGGUGACCUACCUGCAGCGGUCUCUCCUGGUACACGAUCUGCAGGCCCUCUCUCCAGCCGAGUGGGAGGCCUGCUUCCACAAGGUGUUGUUCCCACUGCUCGCCAAGCUCCUGGAGCCCUCCACGGCGGCUGGAAUGGAGGAGACCCGUAUGAGAGCGGCGACUCUCCUCUGUAAGGUGUUCCUGCAGCACCUGACGCCUCUGCUGUCCCUGCCGACAUUCACCGCACUGUGGCUGACGAUACUGGAUUUUAUGGACAAAUAUCUGCAGGCCGAUAGAGCCGAUCUGCUGCACGAGGCGAUCCCGGAGUCAAUGAAGAACAUGCUGUUGGUGAUGGAGACUGCCGGCAUCUUCCACAGCGCCGAGGGCUACAGCGAGCUGUGGGCCAUCACCUGGGACAGGAUAGACACCUUCCUGCCGUCACUGAGGGAGCAGGUCUUCAGUAAUCAUCCACCGAGUGAGAUCAACAAGUCAUCCCACGCCUCAGCUGCGCCUGGGCCGGCCCAGGAGUCGUCCCGGCCCGCCCCUCCAGCCGCCGUCCCCACUGGCACUGCCGCGGGCUCCGCUUCCACUGGAGGAGCCCCAGCUAGUGUCACCACUGGUGCUGGCGGUGGUGCUAGUGCUAGCACUGGAGGUCUGGCUGGUGCUGCGGCUGGUGCGGCUGGUGUUACUGGUGUUGGAGGAACAGUCGGCACGGCGGAGACGACAGUGGCCAGCAUGAGAGAGAUCAGACCGGCAAGUCCGCUGCACCACGAGGAGCUGAUGACGUCAGCUCCCAGUAUCAUCCUUGGACCACCUCUCCCCUCGCCCUCCCCUGCUCUCUCCGCCCCCUCCCCCUUUGCUCCACCCAGUGCCCCAGCCCCGGUCUCCCUUGUUUCCCUCACCUCCCACCCUCCCACGGCGGGGCCCGUUUUCCUCCAACCCCUCCCACCAACCGGCUCUGGACAUAGUUUAGUAGGAGGUAUCACCAAGACCGGAGCUAUACCUGGUGUCGCCUUGGCCGCACCGGUUCCUGCCUCAAAUCCUACUCCGGCUCCUACUCCGGCUCAGGCUUUGGCUGGUGCAAAUCAGAGUCCGGGAUCGAAUCCUGUCCAGGCUUCGGCUUUGAGUCAGGGAGGCCCGGCUUCCAGCCCUGGCAGCGGAUCGACUCAUAAAGGUAUGAGUUAUGAGCCUGGGGUUGGUGGGGCUUCGAGUGGUAGCGUGGCAUCGCCUGUUGUUAUUCCUGGGCUAGCUGCGUCGGUUCCUUCUCUCUCUGCAAUUCCUCUUUCCACUCUACCUACUGGUCCUCUUCCCUCUCUUCCUUCAGUCCCUCUUCCCGCCUCCUCCCCCGUCCCCUCUGCCUCGCUCCCAACCUCUGCCUCCUCUCCAAACCAUCCUCUACCCGACAGCUCAUCGCUGCAGACGCCAGCGGCGACGGACGCCAGUGACGUCACGCAGCAGGGUGUGACGUCAUCGGAGGCGGGCGGUCUGCCGGUGUUUAGGAUGGAGGCCGCAGAGGGCUCGGACUUUCUGGGGCAUUGAACGAGACGAGCCUGACAUCUAUGGAAUGGUUUUCGAACUACUAGUUAAUUGACGGCCGCCAGGAUCGCCAACAUCAAUCUACAAUGUCCUCUGAAAGCUCGAAGUCAAAGACCGAAUAUUUGUGAAGAUUGGUUGGUUUUCUGAUUUAGGUAUACUGCUAUAAGAACGAAAUAGCAUAUGCAAGGAGUGAAAUGCUUCUAAUGAUCACCUAAACAGCUGGUUUGUUCAAAGGUGGCUUAGUUGUCAGAAACGUGUACAAUAUCGCAAAAUGUUUCGUUCGUUCAACAAAUUCGCACGGAACGCAUCAGCUAUAUAGAAGACGUAUUGACGGGUUCGAAGUUCGAACUGUACACCGGGCUUGCCAUGCCCAACCCAAGUCGUGGUGGUUCGAGAGUACACAGGGUGCAAGAUGGCCAACAGAGGCAUUGGCAUGGCAACAGCUGAAAUAUUUUUUUGUGGGUUGUGGGUUCAAACACUUGGCGAAAUGUUUGGUGGAAGGUCUGUAAAAUGUGAACUAACAUUUCCAUUCGGGAAAUUCCAUGAUGGGAUUUUAGAGGUAUCUGGACAUCGCUAGGUUCGAAGCUUUGAUGGAAUUGACUACAGGGCUAAACGUGCAGAAUAUUUGUCCCAUGGUUUAGCAGCCUUAAAUUAAGAUAUAGCUAACAGUCAUUGUACAUAAUUUAAGUAAAAAGCUGACGUUUCGCAAGAGACGUCACCUAUUUUAAUUUAUUGCACCGUCAUAUAUGUGUGCUCGUGUCUGUGUCACAUUGAGUGGUUCACGCACGAUGUGAUUGUUAUUACUGCACAGCACUUUGUUGUCUACGGGGCAAUUCAAUUCGACGAAUCACCUAUCAGAUAUAGUCCCGUGACCCGUACAGCCCAGCUACGUAAGGCCUGCAGCGAUGGAAAAAAUACGGUCAAUUUUCUGUUUGUUCGUAUGGAAUGAUCACUUGCAUCGUCAGCUGAUCGCCUUAGUUCUGGAUGGCGAUACCGCUUAUGUUGUUCUCUUCCGCCGUGGAAUGGGAACUGUGUCAGCUGAGUUAGAUCCGAUACCACUACGGUUUACGUAGUUCUCGUCUAGGUUGGGGGUGCAUUGAUGUCCCGAGUUGUAUCCAAGCGUGUUUGCUUUAGCUUGUUGGCGUUUGUGUGUGCGUGUGUGUUUGUGUGGAUGUGUUUGCGAUGUCGUUAAAUCUAUAAAUAUUUUAUUCGUGGUGGAAGAAAAAGGGUGAUAAAUAAACGAACGGCGUUUA